GAAGCUGAUCAGCAGAGCCGUGUGAUGGUGCGCAGCUCCGUGGAACCGGGGACCCGCAGACUGUCUCUCUAACCGGGGCUCGCUUGUGUGACAGCCCCGCGGAAGGAGAAGGACCGGACCGGUGUCUCCUUCGCUCACUCGCACCGGGUGAAUGUGUCUUGUAAUGCGCCGGAGAGGAGCUUCCUGCCCGGGGACACGUCCCUGCUUCUGGACGGUUUUGUUGGAGUAGCUGGUUGCUAGCACGGAGCUAGCUGCGGAGCUACUUACUUCUUUUAAAGGAUGCUACGCUGGAUCCGGCAGCAGCUGGGCUUUGACCCCCCUCAUCAGAGCGAGACCAGAACGGUUUAUGUGGCAAACCGCUUCCCCCAACAUGGCCACUACAUCCCACAGCGCUUUGCCGACAACAGGAUCAUCUCAUCCAAGUACACCAUUUGGAAUUUUGUCCCCAAGAAUCUGUUUGAGCAGUUCAGGAGAAUUGCCAACUUCUAUUUCAUCAUCAUCUUCCUCGUACAGUUAAUGAUAGAUACUCCAACUUCCCCAGUUACCAGUGGGCUGCCUCUUUUCUUUGUGAUCACAGUAACUGCUAUAAAACAGGGCUAUGAGGACUGGCUGAGACACAAGGCGGACAAUGAGGUGAAUGGGGCUCCAGUGUUUGUGGUUCGCAGUGGAAGUCUGGUCCAAACAAGAUCUAAAAACAUCCGGGUCGGGGACAUUGUUCGUGUUGCUAAAGAUGAAACGUUUCCUGUUGACCUGGUGUUGCUGUCGUCGGAUCGGGCAGACGGCACCUGUCACAUCACCACAGCCAGCCUGGAUGGAGAGACUAACCUUAAGACCCACUUCUCUGUGGCGGAGACAUCCGUGUGUCAGUCAGUGUCCCGGCUGGAGGCUCUGCAGGCUGUGGUGGAGUGUCAACAGCCAGAAGCCGACCUGUACAGGUUUGUUGGUCGGAUUACGGUGACAGAGCACGGGGAGGAGAUUGUCAGACCUCUAGGUCCGGAGAAUUUACUGCUGCGAGGGGCCAGGUUGAAAAAUACCAAAGAGAUUUUUGCUGUGGCAGUUUACACAGGGAUGGAGUCCAAGAUGGCCCUCAACUAUAAGUGCAAGUCCCAGAAGCGCUCUGCAGUGGAGAAGUCCAUGAAUACCUUCCUACUCAUCUACCUGGGCAUCCUGCUGUUCGAGGCGGUCCUCAGCACCAUCCUGAAGUACGCCUGGCAGGCCGAGAACAAGUGGGACGAGCCCUUCUACAACGAAAAGACUGCACAGGAGAAAAACAGCAGUCCGAUCUUGAAGUUCAUCUCGGACUUCUUGGCAUUUUUGGUCCUCUACAACUUCAUCAUCCCCAUCUCACUGUACGUUACCGUGGAGAUGCAGAAGUUCCUGGGCUCCUUUUUCAUUGGCUGGGAUUUGGACCUUUACCACGAGGAAACUGACGAGAAAGCUCAGGUCAACACCUCCGACCUCAAUGAGGAGCUGGGGCAGGUGGAAUAUGUUUUUACCGAUAAGACGGGUACGCUAACAGAAAACGAGAUGCAUUUCCGUGAGUGUUCCAUUAAUGGAACAAAGUACCGGGAGGUUAAUGGCAGACUGGUUCCUGAGGGAAUGACUGACAAUUCACCGGAUGGUUCUAGGCCUCACCUGAUCGGUGAGGAAUUGUUAUUUCUCCAGGCGGUGGCAUUGUGUCACACGGUUCAUAUCAGCUACGACCAACCCGACGGCCUGAUUGGAGACCCGUUCUCCCACGCCAACGGUUUCUCUUCUAAUCACAUGGAGUACUACGCCUCUUCCCCAGACGAGAAAGCCUUAGUAGAGGCAGCGAAGAGAAUCGGAGUGGCAUUCACCGGCAGCAGCGCAGACACCCUGGAAAUCAAAACAUUUGGCAAGUUAGAGAAGUACAAACUGCUCCACGUGUUAGAGUUUGAUGCUGAUCGCAGGAGGAUGAGCGUCAUACUCCAGACUCCCUCAGAAGGACAAGUGCUGUUUACCAAGGGAGCAGAGUCCGCCAUCUUGCCUUUCAGCACCAGUGGUGACAUAGAGAAGACGAGACUGCACGUUGAUGAGUUUGCUCUGAAAGGUUUGCGGACCCUGGUGGUUGCAUGUCGUCACUUCAGCCCAGAGGAGUACAUGGAUUUGGACAGGCGACUGAAUAGCGCCCGCACGGCUCUGCAGCAGAGGGAGGAGAGACUUCAGGAAGCCUUCAGCUACAUCGAGAAAGACCUGCAGGUCCUGGGAGCAACAGGGGUGGAGGACAAACUCCAAGACAAAGUGCAGGAGACCAUUGAGGCUUUGCGGCUGGCAGGGAUCAAAGUAUGGGUGCUGACAGGGGACAAACAUGAAACAGCGGUCAGUGUCAGCCUGUCCUGUGGUCACUUCCACCGAACCAUGAACAUCCUGGAGCUCCUGCAGCAGCGCUCAGACAACGAGUGUGCCGAGCAGCUCCGCAUACUGGCCCGGAGGAUAAAGGAGGACCAUGUCAUACAGCAUGGGCUGGUCGUGGAUGGAGCCAGUCUCUCUUUAGCUUUGAGGGAGCACGAGAAGCUCUUCAUGGAAGUGUGUAAAAACUGUUCGGCUGUGUUGUGCUGCCGCAUGGCCCCACUACAGAAAGCAAAGGUGGUACGUCUUUUUAAAACAUCUCCGGAGAAACCCAUCACUCUAGCUAUUGGAGAUGGAGCUAAUGAUGUCAGUAUGAUACAGGAAGCCCACGUGGGCAUAGGUAUCAUGGGGAAAGAGGGUCGUCAGGCCGUGAGAAACAGUGACUAUGCAAUUGCCAGGUUUAGGUUCCUGUCUAAACUACUGCUGGUCCACGGCCACUUCUACUACAUUCGAAUAGCUACGCUUGUACAGUACUUUUUCUACAAGAAUGUGUGUUUUAUUACGCCCCAGUUUUUAUACCAGUUCUUCUGUUUGUUUUCACAACAAACUCUGUACGACAGUGUUUAUCUGACACUGUACAACAUCUGCUUCACCUCGCUGCCCAUACUGGUGUUCAGCCUGUUUGAACAGCUGGUCCAUCCACACGUCCUGCAGAACAAACCCGCCCUGUACAGGGACAUUAGCAAAAACGCUCUGCUGUCUUUUCGGACCUUCCUGUACUGGACUUUGUUGGGCUUCUGUCACGCCUUCAUCUUCUUCUUUGGAUCGUACAUACUGAUGGGAGAAGACACCACACUUAUGGGCAACGGACAGAUGUUUGGAAACUGGACUUUUGGAACGCUGGUCUUUACGGUUAUGGUCAUCACUGUCACAUUAAAGCUCGCUAUAGAGACUCAUUUCUGGACGUGGAUGAACCAUUUUGUGACCUGGGGUUCGAUUGCCUUCUACUUCAUCUUCUCUCUCUUCUACGGAGGAAUCAUCUGGCCGUUCCUCCACACCCAGGACAUGUACUUUGUAUUCGUGCAGCUGCUCUCUAGCGGUUCCGCCUGGUUCGCCAUCAUCAUCAUUGUCGUAACUUGCCUCUUCCCGGAUGUUGUGAAGAGGGUUUUUUACAGACAUCUGCAGCCCACCAGCACGCAGAAGAGUCAGUCUCUAUCAGCCCCAGCGCAGACCCUCAGCUGUGUGGAGUCCCUGUGCUGCUACCAACACGGGCAGAGCGGCUGCUCCCGCCUGGCCCGCUUCCUGGAGCACAUGACAGGCCAGUGCCCGGCCGGUGAGAACCACUGCCCGACCUCCAGCAGCAGCAACAGGUCUUGGGGCGACACGGAGAACUUCUACUCUAACGAUCGCAGCAUCCUGACGCUGUCGCCCAUCGAGGCGUCUCACUGCUGACGCCCAGAGGCCACUGACUGUAUUGCACACAGCCGGGGGGGAAGCACCGCUCCCCUGCCGCCAUUUUAACCAACACACUUCAACUCAAAAACUCAAUUCAGCAAGUUGCAAAGCGAACUUGACAAGAGAGCUGCUGCAUCGUUUGGAGCCAAAGGACGUUUCCUGAUAUGUGUUCAUCUGUGGACGAGAAUCAUCCGAACAGAUCUGAGUCUCUCCUGCCGACAGAGGAUCUGAGUCCUGGAGACUAAUCUGAGAUCUCAUUCAACAGAAAAACGGUUUAAAUAGAGAUCUGUGAGUCUUAUAUUGAACCAAUCAGCUCUCGUGAAGAUAUUUUUUCAUUUUCAACGCAGUUUCCAAACCGUGUUUUACUUGAAACUGGAAUUAAAAUGACCCAGUGAGACACGGGAUGGAGAUUCCUGAGAUUCGGACCUGGACUGAACCAUCUGACCCAGCUGGUUUGUGUGUGUG